ACGCGCCACCAAAUGGUUCGUUUGGCGUAUGGAUGCGCGGAACGCGACUGCGCGGUCCGGCUCUCGCGCUCGCUGUCGAUAGGUCUUCUGGUCGAGCUGCGGCGGAGUAGCGUUACACGGGAAUAUGGCAGCCCGGAACAUGCAGGCAGCGCGCUGCCCAACAGACGAGUUGUCUUUGACAAACUGUGCUGUAGCAAAUGACAAUGAUCUGCAGACUGGACACCAUGUAACUGUGAAGACCACCCCUGCGCACAAGUUUGUCUUCACCAUCAAAACGCACAAAAGUGUGGUGCCAGGCACCAUUGCUUUCAGUUUGCCACAGAGAAAAUGGGCUGGAAUUUCCAUUGGGCAGGAGGUUGAAGUGGCUUCCUACAUUUUUGACAAGACCAAGCAGUGCAUUGGCACCAUGACCAUGGAGGUAGAUUUCCUGCAAAAGAAGAACGUAGACAGCAGCCCCUAUGACUCGGAUAAGAUGGCGACAGAGUUCAUCCAGCACUUUAAUAAUCAGAGCUUCAGUGUGGGGCAGCAGCUGGUCUUCAGCUUCUGCGACAAACUCUUUUCCCUGCAGGUCAAGGACAUUGAGGCUAUGGACCCUAGCAUCCUCAGGGGUGAGCAAGGCUCUGGCAAAAAGCAGAAGAUUGACAUUGGCCUGUUGCUAGGCAAUAGUCAGGUGAUUUUUGAAAAAGCAGAGAACUCAUCUAUCACCCUGGUUGGAAAGGCCAAGACCAAGGAGGCGCGCCAGUCCAUCAUCAACCCGGACUGGAACUUCGAGCGCAUGGGCAUUGGAGGUCUAGACAAGGAGUUCUCCGACAUCUUCAGGCGGGCCUUCGCCUCCCGAGUCUUUCCACCUGAUAUUGUGGAGCAGAUGGGCUGCAAGCACGUGAAGGGCAUCCUGCUCUACGGCCCUCCCGGCUGCGGCAAGACCCUCAUGGCGCGGCAGAUCGGCAAGAUGCUGAACGCCCGCGAGCCCAAGGUGGUCAAUGGGCCUGAGAUUCUCAACAAGUACGUGGGCGAGUCUGAGGCCAACAUCCGCAAGCUGUUUGCUGAUGCGGAGGACGAACAGAAGAGGCUUGGUGCCAACAGUGGCCUGCACAUUAUCAUCUUUGAUGAGAUCGAUGCCAUCUGCAAGCAGCGAGGCAGCAUGGCGGGCAGCACAGGGGUGCACGACACCGUGGUUAACCAGCUGCUGUCUAAGAUAGAUGGCGUGGAGCAGCUCAACAAUAUUUUGGUCAUCGGUAUGACCAAUCGACCGGACCUGAUUGACGAGGCCCUGCUGAGACCUGGGAGGUUGGAGGUGAAGAUGGAGAUUGGCUUGCCGGAUGAGAAGGGUCGAGUGCAGAUCUUGAACAUCCACACGGCCAAGAUGCGGGAGUUCAAGCUGCUUGCUUCCGACGUGGAUGUGCUGGAGCUAGCCACAGACACCAAAAAUUUCAGCGGUGCUGAGCUUGAAGGACUGGUUCGUGCUGCCCAGUCCACCGCCAUGAACCGCCACAUCAAGGCUAGUGCAAAGGUGGAGGUUGACAUGGAAAAAGCGGAGAAGCUACAAGUCACUCGAGGGGAUUUCUUGGCCUCCCUGGAAAACGACAUCAAGCCUGCCUUCGGCACCAACCAGGAGGACUAUGCCAGCUAUAUCAUGAAUGGCAUCAUUAAGUGGGGUGACCCGGUAACUCGCAUUCUGGAUGAUGGGGAGCUGUUAGUCCAACAGACCAAAAAUAGUGACCGGACACCCCUGGUCGCUGUGCUGCUGGAGGGUCCUCCUCACAGUGGAAAGACGGCACUGGCUGCCAAAAUAUCAGAAGAUUCUCAGUUCCCCUUCAUUAAAAUUUGCUCUCCUGACAAGAUGAUUGGCCACUCCGAGAUUGCCAAGUGUCAGUCCAUCAAGAAGAUAUUUGAUGAUGCCUACAAAUCUCAGCUGAGCUGUGUGGUGGUUGAUGACAUUGAACGACUGCUUGAUUAUGUUCCAAUUGGGCCACGUUUCUCCAAUUUGGUCCUACAAGCCCUUCUGGUCCUCCUGAAGAAGCCCCCUCCUCGUGGGCGCAAACUGCUGAUCAUUGGCACCACCAGCCGCAAGGAUGUCCUGCAGGAGAUGGAGAUGCUGGACGCCUUCAGCACAACUAUCCUUGUACCCAACAUCUCCACCGGAGAGCAGCUGGUAGAGGCACUGGAGCUGCUCGGCAGCUUCAAGGACAAAGAGCGGGCCAUGAUUGCUAAGGAGGUCAAGGGCAAAUCCAUCUGGAUUGGCAUCAAGAAGCUGCUGAUGCUCAUCGAGAUGUCACUGCAGAUGGACCUAGAAUACCGGGUCAGCAAGUUCCUGGCUCUGCUCCUGGAGGAGGGCGCGCUGAGCAGACGUCCCAGCAGUGCGCACGUCUGAGAGCCCGCGCAUGCAUCUGAAGGCAGCGAUUCCGCAGCUCAUGACAGCAGAGCACCCUCCAUAUCCACCACGCAGGGAGACUUUGAGACAUCAGGAAGCAAAGAUUAUACAUUUCAUCUCUUAUAAAUGUUGACAAUCUGACAGUAAGUGCGAUGUGUCCCCCACCUCCCUAAAUGGCCCCAGUUUUGUACUGCCCCCUGCAUGUUUUCAGUAGCUACUAUAAAUCUCCCCUAACCAUCGAACAGUGAGUAACUUGUUACUAUACCUUUAUUAUAUAGUUUUAGUCACUUUUGUAUAAUUUGAAUUAAAAACAGCCUGCAUCCCAUUCUGUUGCCAUUGCAGUCUUGUUCUGUGUUGCAGGUAUAUAUUUCCACAUAUAUGUGAAGUAUUUUAAUAUAAACUCAGAUAUGGUCAUGCUUGUGGAUAUAAAAUAUAAAUUAUGUGCUGUGUACAGGUGUACCUGUUCGGUGUUUAUGUUAUGUAUGCAUCUAUAUAUUGUGUGAGUAUAUUUAUAUAUAACUUAAAUUGACAUAAUUUAAAUUAACAUCAUUGUUAGUGAGUGUUCGAUCUGCACAAAGAAGCGUUACUCAGUCUUGAUCUGUCAGCUCCAGUCUUAGUGUCAACACUACCAUGGAUGAUCUUCCCCCCCCCCCCCAUUAAAGAGCAUUGUUUAUGAAUCUGAUACCCCACUGGUGUAGGCAUGCAGGUGGUUACUGAGCUUCAGCACAUUGUAUAAAUAUAAAACUACUUAGGACAAAUACUUAGAAACAUGCAUGACUUGCUUUAACAGUAAGAUCCAAGGGUGGCCUGAGACACAAAAUCAAACAGCAUUCCUCGGGAAUGCCCCUGAAAGUGCAUGACUCCAUAUACUGACGUCUAGGUCGGCAUCUGGUUAUUUUUAAAUAUUUGAUGCACAAUGCAUUACAAGUCUUCUAACUUGCUCUUGAAAUAGUUUUAAUUGCACUUGAGAAUAACAAUAAAUGUUUAUAGCAUUGUUGAGGAGAAGUGCUUGUGGUUUGUUGUCAGCCACUCUGAAUGUGAAGGAGCAGCGUCUGCUGAUUUUAAGAUCCUCAGCCCUUGGUCCUCAGUCCGUCCAAGUGAACAGGCUCUUCACAGAUUUACUGUUGUUGACCAUGAACAUGCAGUGCAUUGUGGGAAUACUUUCUUUAUGUGGGGAAACUGGCUGAGAAAACUGUAUUCUCUUUCUUUGCAGAAAUUUGUAUAGCCGUAUUCUUCUCUAAAACAUCUGUUGUGAUUCAAAUUAGAUUAAUCCAGUUACAUUUUUUAAAUAAUGCUGUCUGAAUCUAUAGAAUGUAUUAACCAUUCCUUGAAUUUGUGUUUCGCUUAAUGGAUGUUCAGUCUCUCUGAUUUGUUGGUGUUGAAAUGGGGGAAAUGUGUCUGUAUCAGCCGGCAGGAUGGUGACGUGAGGGGCGGUGUGUCUCCUUGCAUGUGCUGAAGAUUUCUGAGGUUGCUUGUGAGUAAUUAGUUUUCCAGGGAGAUGAGAACAGCAGGCUGUGCACACGUACCGUAAAUGCUGUGUUUGUGGGCAGUGUAAAGUACUGUUUUGCCUGGUUUGGCAGUCAGAUGAUUUUAAGGGGAUUUUAUUCCAUAUGUGGAUCAGUCUUGUGUGCACAUAUGCUUGCAUCAGGACUGUGUGCAUUGGGUCUACAUUGCAGAUAUUUUCUACAAAUUUUUAUUGUAACGUUUUUACUGUAAGCAUGAGUCCAUAGCUGCUUAUCAUGUAAAGUGGCAGGAUUCAAAUGUGAUGUUUCAAUAAAAAUGCGAAGAGA